AGCAAACCGACCUAUGUACUACCGCGCGCACUCUAUAAAACCAUCCCAUGGAUCCACCGAUAUCGAAGCCUGUGCCAGCUCGCCACGUCGUUCACAUCGCACACACGAUGCCAUCGUCACCACCGCCUGCGGCGGCGGCACCACGAAGCCGUCGAUCCAAGAAAAAGACACGGACGUACCACGUGUCGGUGUUCUGGUUCACGCCGGUCCCGCUGCCGGAGAGGGACUGGGCGGAGCUGCACCCGGACCUGAUCUCCUGCAUCCUCCACAAGCUUGACCUGGCCGAGCUCCUGCUCGGCGGCAUGGCCGGCGUGUGCCGCUCCUGGCGGCGGGCCGCCCGCGAAGAGCCGGAGUUGUGGCGCUGCAUCGAUCUCCGCGCCGGCCUGUGGUUCGUCGUGCCAUUCCACCCCAAGUUCAGCCUCGAGGCAAUGGUGCGGGCCGCCCUGCGAUUUAACCAGGGCCAGUGCGAGGCCUUCCUGACCAACCUCGCCGACGACGAUAUCCUCCUCUUGCUCGCCAAGCAGGCACCUGCGCUAAAGUGCCUUCAUCUCCAUAGGGGCUAUGUCUCGGAUGAAGGAUUUGCGACGGUGAUUAAGAUGUUACCUCUACUUGAGGAGCUCGAGAUUUCGAAAUGUCCCCAAAUAUGUAGUAGGGGGGUAUAUGAACUUGUCGCUAGAGCAUGCCCACUGCUAAAGCACUUCAGACAUGUUUCAGGAAAGCACUGCCAUGCUGAUUACGCAAUAACAUUUGCGGCUCCAAGGAUGCGCAAACUACGUUCCUUGGAUGUUGUCGGUUGUACCUUCGGUAGGGAAGUUCUGGUAGCUAUCCUAGACAAUUGCCAUGACCUACAGUACCUUAACAUGGCAUUGUGCAACCCUGUUGCCAUUGAUAACCUACCAGAAAAGCUUGCCUAGAUGAGCAUGGAUGACCAUGAUCGGUACUCGAGCAACUACUACGAUGACUAUACUGGUUGUAAAUACUGUUAUCCCUACAAGCCUAGGUGUAGAUACUGCCGUCCCUUAUCCUUUUUGCAGUACGAAGACGAUUCCUAUGAUGAUUACUGCUACUACCUUGGUGACGGUGAUGAUGUUGAUGAUGCCGUUCUCGAAGAGUAUGACAAGAUCCUUGACAUCAAGAGCAUGCGUAGGUACUUAAGUUAAUGUAAGGGUGUAUAUAUGUCAAUAAUGUUUCAAUGCCCCCUCUCAAAUGUGUGCAAACUCGCUCAAUAAUAUACAUUUGAUUUUUUUCUACAUCUUUUGUUCCAUUUCACUCGAAACAAGUUUAAGUGCUAGUCAAGUGAAUGUGCCAAAUUGUGUUCUUUAUUUUCUAAUCUCUUUACCUUAUGACUGAAACAUUUGUCAUCUACCCCUAGCACCAGCAGAUUGUGAACUCACCUUUACAUCAAAUUGUGAAAUCGCACACAACAAAGAGAGGCUCGUUUGGCUUGCUUAGCCAACAUUUGGUAAUGCUAAAACUGAUGCACCACAAAA